UGAUCGCGGCGCAACAAGCAUUAGUGCCGCUCGACAAAGUCAUCCUUCCGAUUGGUAGUCGCUCGCAAACUCGCUUCGCCGCUACAGCAUUGGGUGGGUUGUGUAAGGGUGGCGCGACUAUGAUAACCGGUAUUGUCAGCGACAUGCCACACACACGCACAGUAUGGACACACUAAGUGCUGCGCGAACAUUAUUACUGUAGUUAUUGUUGUAAGCUAGAGACCAACCCCCUGCGGUAAUCAGCAGGAUUUGAGAUGGCGCCGUCACGACCGCCACCAAUACGCAGAGGGUUGUACUGCUGAGAUGGUUCAUGAGCGCGCACCCGCUACAAUAUAUAUUCGAAGAGUUGUUGUGAUGGUCGAAUGAAUAUAAAACUAAUGAGUACCCUUCGAUGUGUGUUUAGUUGGUAAAGAAGCGCGCUACGGGAAACAACGCAAUAGAAAAACGAAAGAUCACACAAAAACAUAACAAAAUAUCGAUAUUCGCGUGCUAAAAAUGCCUACUAUGGAAAGUGAAACGUAAAGCACCGUUACUGGGUAGUUAAGUGAAUAAGUAUUGCGUGGCGCGCCGUGCUAGCGACAAGUGUCCAAACAAAGACUGUUGCAACAAAAAAAAAAAGUGUAAAACAGCAGAAUGUCUUCGUGUUAUAGCGGCUUCGAUGAUCGCUCUUUCGAAUUUGAAGACUCUUCAUACGACAGUGGUUACGAGAAAAGCUUCGAAACAGACUGCAAUGUAACGCCGCGUAAACUUUUCUUCGAUAAUGGCGCCGAUUGCUAUGCCGCCACCGCCGAUUCCCCACUUGCGGCCAGCUGUUACAAUACCAACGGCGUUGGAGCUCCAGUAGCCUCAUUUUCAGCGCUACUCGAUACGAGCAGUAAUCACAGCACACGCAGUGCGCGCACACUAGUCGAACAUGUGAUCAGCAAAGCGCCACCGCUGACGGAAUCCGAAUUCGCGCCCAAGCUAACAUCAACGCCGACAAAGAAUGCCGGUGGCGGCGCGGCCGAUGGCAAUGGUGAUCAACCAACUGAACCGCGCCCCAAGCGCAAAUAUGCCGUCGGCAAAAAUCGUGUAACGCGUUCGCGCAGCCCCACACAAGUGGUGCGCAUCAGAAAGUUUCGACGCAUGAAAGCCAACGAUCGUGAACGCAAUCGCAUGCAUAUGUUGAACGAUGCGUUGGAGCGGCUGCGCGUCACGCUGCCCUCACUGCCAGAGGAGACAAAGCUCACGAAGAUCGAGAUACUACGCUUCGCGCACAAUUACAUAUUCGCGCUCGAGCAGGUGCUGGAGAGUGGAGGCACAAUUAAUUUGGACCUGGAAAAGUUGCAGAAUUUCACGCUCAGCGGCGAACGCAUUACCAAGGAAUUAUUCGAUGCGAUUUUCGUCAAUCCUCAACCGUACACAAGCAUCUUUAGCAUGGGCUGCAGCAGCAGCUUUGCUGGACGCGUGCCAUAUCCGCAACAGGCAACGACGAUGAUGCCCACCGCAGGACACGCCUUCCUCGAGCAACAACAGCUGCUGCAACGCGGCCGUCCGCCGCAAGGUUAUGCCUACGGCAGUGAUGUGCGCCCCUAUAAUGUGCAGCAUGAAACGCAUAAUCCGGCAAUGCAUCCACAUUUUUCGCAGGAGAAGUAUGAAUUGUAUAGGAGUACCUUCGAAGCAGCAGCCAAUAUGCGACCCACAUCUGCCGCCAUCUGUGCGGAGGAGGCGAAACAAGCGCACAUCGUAGCGGCGGAUUGCCAAACGCAGAUGGCUUACAACCAGCGACCAACGAAUACCACGAACUGCUACCUGCCGGAGGAUCAGUUGACGGCGGUCAAUGCAGCAGCACCACCCAUGGUGCCUCAGCGCACGGCAAGAGUGCACGCGCAGGCGUCUAUGUUGCAUCAGAAUAGUAGUUUCUACACACAAACACCGCCUUGGAUGGAUUAUACCGAGGUGAUGGCGACGAACAGCGGCAACCACAGCGGUUUCGAGCAGUAUACGAGCGUAUAGCAGUGGCUGCUAGGAGCGCGUGUAGUGUGCAUUAAAACCGGGAGUAUUCGGGUAGCUUAAGUGAGUGAGUUGAAAGUCAUAGGUUUUUAGUUAGGUAUCAAGCAAGCUAUAGGUGCACUGAUGGUGAUAUUUCGAUUGAUUUUGGGUUGUAUGGAUGAUUUUGGGAUAGAGUACCUAGCCACAGCGCUGCGGUGGCGUUGGAUUCUGGAAGUCGCUAAGUUCGAUUUCGAAUGCUAAGAAUUUUUUAUUAGAUUCCGAUGGGACAUAAAUCUUCUCUCUAUCUCCAAUUUCAAGUUACACCUCUUAAGCAAUAGGCAUACUUUUAUGAUCUCCUGCUAUUUAUUUUGAAACUCUUGGCGGACCAGUUUUAGCGUAGCGAUUUCUAAAAUUGUGCUUUGGAAAAUCAAAGUGGAAACGCUGACGAGGAUCAUGCAUACAACACCGGAAUCGAUGAAUUACAAAAAAUGUUUUACAGACCGUAGCGAAUAUCACUUUUAUAAAAGAGAAACUCUUAUUGAAGCGAUAAAUUUUUAGUUAAAUUUUAUUCGGUCAGAUUACACUGUCUUUCCGAUCAUACAUGAUCGUUCUUUUUUACCCUUUUCGAAAAAUGUUUAGUCAUAUUUUUAAGUUUAUUUUGUUUGGCCGAAAUAUUAGUUAUUAUUGAUUUUACACUUUUCAUUAAUGUUUCAUAGAUUUUCGUUGACUUCUGAUUUUAUUAAGUUUAAUAGAUAUUUCAGAAUUAAUAUUUUCUUUUUGACUUUGUUGUUAUAUUUGGAUUGAAUUUGUUCGGAAUUGACUGCGUUUUUUAUGAUCGUUUUGUGUUUUUUAACCUUAAAAUCAUUAUUUUUUUAGCAUUUGUAAAAAAUGAAGUUAAUCGUGAUCAUUCGAGGUUAUUCGAGACUUUCUCGAAAUUUUCUCGAGGUAUUUUUUUUUUUAGAUACUUUUUUGGAAUUUUUCGGAAAUUUUAUAGUUUAACGGUAUAUUCGAGAAUUUCGCAGCAAUAUUUCUGAAUAUUUCGAGACUUUUUGUAUUUUAUUAGAGAUCUUUGAGAGUUAUACGAUUCCGAUCUAGCGGUAAACUUUAAGAUUUCCUUGUGAUUAUUCAGAUCUUUUUCGGUAUAAUUCGGUAUUUUUCAUGACUUAUCGUAUUUUAUUUGUUAUGUUAGGCGGGUAUUUUCAGGUUUAACGGCAUAUUUCCGUGAUUUGUCAGUAUUUUUAUGGAUAUACCGGCAUUUCUUGCCACUUUUCCUUACUCUUUAGCGUCCUUUGUGAAGUUUGCUGGAAUUUUGUAGUUCAACGGUAUAUUUGUGACAUUUAUUUGGGAUUUUUUCAAAAACAUUUCGGAGUCCUCGGAUAUUUUCCGCAUUUUAUAAGGGGCCUUUGGGUGUUUCUCAAGAAUUUCAAUGGUAUAUAUAUUUUAGAAAUUUUCUCGGUGUUUUAAGUUUUUUGAUAUUAGAGAUCUUUGGAAAUUUCAAUUGAAAGUUCAUGUUCAGCAAUAUAUUUUCGAGAUUUCCUCUUAGCGAUCUUUUGGGAUCUAAUUAGCAGUCUUAGGUGAUUAUACUGGAACUUUCCAGUUCAAUUAUGUAUUUUUAUUUUUAUUUUUGAGAUUUUUAAUAUUUGUUUCGGGAUCUAUCGGGAUUAUUGGUAUCUUUUCGUAUUUAAGUAAGAAUUUUCGAGCUUUUCUCGGGGUCAUUCGGUAUUUUUCAAGAUUUUUUCGGGAUAUUUCUUGUUUUUUUGUUACCGCUAGUAUUUAUUAGUUAUUUUUGGCGCAAACUUUCUGAUUCAACGUUAUACUUUAGAGAAUUUCAACCAUAUAUUUAAAUAUUAAAAACACUUACCUAAAAAAUUAAAAGAAAAAAUUAUAGAUUUUAUUUAAAUGCAAACAAAAAAAGUUCGCCGUACACCUGCGAGUCUAGAGUAUUUUUGCAAGUAAGUCAAUUACGAUUUUUUUUUUAUCCUUUUACAUUUUUCGGUGACACCUAUGUUCAUUCCGCAAUAAAAAAAAUUUAAAAUAGUUCUACUGGAAUAAUUAAAAUACUUCCUAAGCACAAGUUUAAUGUUUUUUGGAGAGCCUUAAUUUACUGCCAUUAGGGUGUUACGUUAGGGUGAUAAGAACUCCUCGGAAAUCGAUAUAUCAUACUUAAAAUCCGACUGUCAAUGCCGGAAACAUUACGAAAAAUGUAAAAAGGCGACCAUUAAGUUUGGCGAAAAAAAAGUUUAUUUUUUCGAAAUUAGGUUAGUUAGAAAUUGCCUUGAAAAACAACAAUACUCUUUUUAUACUCGGAGAUGUACGGCGAAAUUUUUUUCUGAUACGGGCUUAUGUACAUAUGUAGUUACAUAUAUUCGCUACGGUCUCUAAAAAAUCAACAUAGCGCUAAUAUUUUGCCGCUGGUAAAAUACUAUAGUAAAAACUCUUUUAUUUGUUUAAAAAAGAAACAUCCAAUAAUUUUGAAGUGUUUUUUUUCCGCCGUUCGGUUGAUAGCUGCUAAAAAAUAUUUCAAAAUUUCUAUGGAUGAAAAUUGUUGCCACUGAAUUAAAACAUCAUUAUUGAAGCCUUGUUAUGACGAAUUUUUUUUUGUAACGAUGCUUCAUAUUUUUCGAAAAAAAAUUAUUGUUUCUACACUCUUCUCAAAGUAUCUGGGUUUGCAGUUCCAAAUUGAAUGUUACUCAGCGAACUCCAAAUCAAAAUACUUUGCAAAUAAAUACUAUUUUCAUUAAUGUAAUUCGAAACACUAAUCACUUAUUAAAAUUGCUUUUCUCUGAAGUGAUCCUCUGCCGCUCAAUGAAAUUGUCGAUCACUUGAAAGUAAAGCAAUUUGGAAAUCAAAUCACCGUCAAAUGUUAACAUCAAAACUACAUAUUUAGUAUUUUCGUACAUUUACAUAAUAUGCAAAAUUUUUUAUAAAAGUUAACCAUCGAUCACAACGCAUCAGGUACCUUAUUGUAUUGUAGUUGUUUACAAGCUUUAUGAAAUGUGAAGGUUUUGAUAUUUAUCUACAAAUGUACCAAAGAUUAAAUAUUGUACGUAAAAAUAAAUUAGAUACGAAAAUAUAUUUUUGUAAGUUAGCAAUGUAUUUUUUAUACCUUUAACAGGAGCUAGUCAUUUCCAAAGAUGUUAAUUAAUAUGAAGAAUAUAUCUCGAGCGCUAACCGCCAAAAUAAAGAAAGCGAAAUU